AUGCUCAGUUUAUAUCGCUUCUACCACUUCAGCACUCCAUCAAAGUCCGAUAUGUGCCGGCAAGGCCCGGGUUCGAUUCCCGGUGUCGGAAACAACCAUGUUUUUUUGCAGUUUGCUUGGAGUCGGUUGAGGCAUGGCAUUGAGCAGCCAAGGUGGGAAUUCUUGGUAGAUAUUUUGGUUGGGUCUUUGCGCCUCGGUGACAGCUCUAUCCGAGAAUCUCAAAAGCAGAAACGCCGCGUAUACUCGCAGUGA